UCCUACGAUCGCAUCAUUCAGCUUCGCAAAGUUCGCAAUCGAAUAGUAGUUUUCGCGCGCUUUUCGCGGUCAGUUGCGUUGUAUUUUCUUGUUUUCGAAAUAGUUUGCGAGUAAAAACUUUUUGAAAACUUUAUAUUUUUGUGGCCAGUGUUUUAUACACGCGAAUGUUUUCCUCAAGAUGUCUGUGUUUUUUAAAUAUUUUUUAAUUGGAUGUUUUAUUGGUCCAGCGGUAACCAGACAGGCGGAUAUAGACAUCAACAGAGUGAAGCUUGUAUCCAACGAAGCAGUACCAGCACCCCCAGAAUAUACCAAUCACCCGCGCAGAUAUCCUGAACCGUAUUCUCAGUACAAAAGGAGCUAUGAUUAUGACUAUCGUAGCGGUGGGCACGCCCCACCGCUCUCGGCGGUACAAUCUCUACAAUCUCUACAUGGUACCUCGGAGGUGCCCGCUGCAAAGACGAUCGCGGUCUACCAACCACGGGAGGACCCCCGCCUCUUCUACCAGUCUAGUUCGUAUCUUAAGGAAAUUGAUAGGAAAAACCUGAUUGGGGAGGCGUCGUCUAUAUACCCAGGACGGGAGGUGGUACGUGCUGGCAAAACCUAUGGUCUGAGGUCGCUAGAGACGCGACGGAUGGAUAGAAAUGCAAAUAUGAUAAGCCCAGGUUACAAAAACGUCUGUGUCAAAUGCCCUCAAGAUAGAACCUUGAUCGCCAAGCCUGGUUCCGACAUGGUGGUCUUCCAAUACCCUCGGUUAACGACAUGCUCUGGGCUGAAAGUGCCUAGAGAUGUGCGGUUUAUUCCACUGUAUGGGCCUAAGUUUGGAUCUCUGCUUACUAAGGGAUCACAUAUAGUUAUUGGUCACAUUUCAUACAAAAACAAGGAUAUCCAAAUGUGCAAAAUGGAAGUGCAUGUCAUAGUGCAAAAUUGUGCGGUUCCAAGUUAUUUAAUAUCGAAAUGCGAUGAAAAGACCAAAGUGUGCAAUUUCUCCUGCCGGGACCCAAACAUGGAGCUGCAAGGCCACACAACGCUGUCCUGUGGAGACACGAUGGGCUGGACGGACUGGACGGGGGCACUGCCUGUUUGUAGAGCUCGAACCUGGUGCGAGCGUCCACUGCCCCCGGACAACGGCCGGCUGAGCUGCAAAGGCCUCCCCGAAGGCACGGGCCUAGCUGAAGGGUCUACGUGCCGCGUUCGCUGCGCCAGAGGUUGGCACUGGUCUCCUCGCGCAGCCACCGUGUGUCGACGAGGAGCAUGGACCUUUAAUAUUACGUGCCAGAGGAGAAGUAAUCAUUCAUUUGGGGGAUAGAAAGUAAUAUUCUAACAGUCUUCCUCUUUAUAAGUAAGUAGUAUUAUUCGUUCUAAGUAAAAAAUAAACAUGUAAGAGUAGGUACCUAGUACUAUCGAUACUAGUACUACAGUUACUACUCACCCGAUGUAUUUGUGUGAUAAGCUACUUAUUUGUUUUAAAAAAUUUAGAUUUUUA